GUGCCGUCGUAACGGAAACAUUACAUUUCUCUCUCGUACUUUUAUUUUCUCGAAGUUCUAGACACAAAAUACCCGACCCACUAUUCGCGCCGCACUCGUUCAACAAACUUAUACCGACGAUGAAGUUUACAACCGUUUUCGUGGCCCUCGUUUCCGCCGUUCCAGCCGUCUUUGGUCUUACCAUCAACACACCGGCCAAUGUUGUUGAGUGCCAGCCUAUUUUGUUUAGUUGGUCUGGCGGACAGUCUCCCUACUACUUGACCCUUGUGCCUGGCGGGCAAUCCAUGGCCUCACCUAUCAAGUCCUUCCCAACACAAACGGGCACAUCCUAUACUUGGAACGUCGAUCUUCAAGCCAACACUAUCUUCAACAUCGCUCUCAAGGACAGUACCGGUUCUACGGCAUACUCUGACAUCGUCACCAUCAUGUCUGGCAGCGACACCUCCUGUCCUUAACACAGCAGUAAAUGAGGGUGGCGCGUCGAGUGGUAGCGCUGUCGCCAGUGGCUACCUCUACCCCGGCCGCUGGAUCUUCUGCGUCUGCAUCUGGUACCACCUCUUCUGGUGUUAAAACCUCUGCCACUACCACU